AGCAGCACGUUGCGUCGCUAUAAAUUGCCAGAGGCCGUCAGCGUUGACGGAUCAAAGCCCCUCUUACCAGUAAACGCAAACGACUCAUAUCGCCUUCGCAUCCUGUAUAGAAUCAUGAUGCUCCCAGUACAUGCCGUAUCGCCAGGGGGCAAACAAUUCCGGAAAAACACCCAUCAGCAGUUGUCAGUACACCAACUGCAGAUGAACGCACAUCAUCUGGCAGCAAACUUUCCCCACCACACCCUUCCAACACCGACAUCGGUCAUGAAUGAUGCGUGGGCAUUAGUGCCGAACAUGACCACCAAUAUCGCACAGGUACCAUUAACAUUAAAGGAUCCUUCCUUCAUUGCAGCACCACCCUCAAAAAUACAACCGACGACAGAGAACAUGGAAUCAGCGCAAGAUUUUACUAAACCCAUCAGUGAAAUCAAGCGUACCGAGGAAAGUGUGUUCACCACAUCCAUCAAGUCCGCCGGUCCCCGCGCAAAGAUCAACAUUAAUCAGAUGAUUAAUGAUUGUACAACGCUAUAUAUGCGCGAAGGGAUCGACGGGCUAUUGCGAGGCCUCCUUCAGAUCGGACAGCGGCAUCUGCAGGGUACAUCACUGGUCUCUAUCAUUGUGCAUCCCAUGAUAAAGGAAGUCACCCGGCUAUCUCCAAUGCAGGGGAAGGAGCUGGAACGAUCGCUGCGAUUAAGCGCGAUGACCAUGUUCCAACAACACUGGAACACCAAAGAAUGUCAAUCGGUGGUUGAUAAAACCACACAAUUAACAUACCGGUUGACAACGGGUGUGAAGACCGCCGGUCUCGUCGGAUCGCUGUUCGCUGCCAAAGUGACUACCACAGAGGACAUUUUCUUAUGCCUCGAUCUUCUUAUCGACGGCGGCGGGCAGCUCGAUCGACUCCGUGCCGUGCACGCACUUAUUACCCAGGCAAACGACAAGCUUUGCAAGAAACGCAACAUCGCAGGUACAAUGCGCUUCUAUGCAAAAUUCAUGGCAGUAUACCCCGAAAGUGAAGCACAGAUCUGUGCACAAAGCGAGGCCUUGAUCUUGAUCAGAGAUGUGAACGAUAGCAUCGAGGGCUGGAUGGUAUCGCAAGAGAAGAAGAAAAUCUAUUGA